GUGGUCUUUUUCUUACACUUUCAUAUUUACGAAAUUUUUGACAUUUCGUAAGUCUUUGUUAAAUUAGUAAGAUUUUGAUUAUAUUACCCUGAAUGAUAAAAUUAAAAUGACUUUACAAGCGGGACAGAUUGUAGUGUAGGCAUAAGUCAUAAAUUAUCAUAUGUAAUGUGGCUGUAGUAAACCCAAAAUAGUCUUAAAAAAAUAAUAAUGGCCACACGAGGUGAAAGAGGUGUUAGCAGAGUUUUAGAAAAGUUAGAAGCGUCAGUAAAUGCAGGUCAAUAUUAUGAAGCACAUCAAAUGUACAGAACGUUGUACUUCAGAUAUUUAAGCCAGAAGAAAUAUGAACAUCUGUUCAAAUUGCUGUACGAAGGAUCGACUUUACUUCUACUGCGCGAUCAACAGGGCAGUGGCGCUGAUUUAGCUAUUCUACUAGUAGAUGUUCUAAAUAAAUCAGAAACAAAGCCUAGUGAAGAGUGGAUUGAAAAGAUAGCAAAAUUAUUUGAAUUAAUGCAUUCAGGCAUCCCAGAAAGAGAUACAUACUUAACAAAUGCUGUAAAAUGGUCUAUGGAUAAUAGCAAAAAAGGCCAUCCUCUACUGCACCAGAAAAUUGCAGAAGUGUACUGGAAAGAGAAAAGAUAUCCUGCAGCACAUAAACAUUUCUUACACUCAAGUAAUGGAACAGUAUAUGCUAACAUGCUGAUAGAAUUACAAUCAACAAGGGGACUUAAAGCAGAAAUUGAUCUGUUUAUAGCACAAGCGGUGUUGCAAUUUCUUUGCUUAAAAAACAUUCAAAUGGCAAGAGAUACCUUCAAAAAAUAUACUAGUUUACAUCCUAGUAUAAGAAAUGAUGUAGGUCCCCCAUACUCAUUUCCUUUACUUAACUUUUUGUGGUUUUUACUACAGUCAAUUGAACAGAAAAACACAGUUCAAUUUGAAAUCUUAAGAAAAUGCUAUGACAUAAGCUUAAAAAGAGAUUCCAAUUAUUCUGAUUACUUGGAAAAUAUUGGUAGAGUCUGGUUUGGCAUAGAUAAUCGAAAGAACAAUAAGAAUCAAAACUCGAUGUUUGGUGGACUGCUAAAAACGAUCAUUGGAGAUCUUGACAGUUCUGAUGAUGAAGGUGAGAACCAGAGUUCUAAACCAACGGCUCCAGAAUUGGAUUAAAAUUAAGUUAACAUUUCAGCUUUUGAUGUUUUCCAUUAAAUUAAACAGCAAGAAAACAUU